UGGACUUUUGUUUAUUGUGAUGCAUGCACUGAGAUUUUCGAAGUCAAGCGCUAAAAAUUAACAUCAUUAUGGCUACUCCUUUAGAACAAUUCAUUGUCAAAGUGAGAAGUUUGUCUUCGCAAGGAAGUUUUGAAGCUUUGUGUGAAUUCAUCUCUAAAAGCACGGAGACAUUAGCAAAGAAUGCUCCACUGCUAGAUGAUGUAUUACAAACUCUGAACUUAGAAGAACAUUCUUUGGGUGUGUUAGCAAUUUUAUGUGUCAAAUUUAGUUUCUCAACAAUUCCAGAGUUUGAAGUUUUAUAUGUUCAAGUUCAAGAUUUUAUAUUAAAUUGCAAUGGUGAACAGAUACGUUUUGCUCCAGACAUAUUUGCCCAAUUGUGUCAUUUGUUUACCAAAAGUUUGGUGGAAAGACAGCAGUACAUGCGAGGGAUUUCCUUGUUGAUUAAAGCCAUACAGAAAAUUCAACUUUUUAAUUCACAACUAACAUCAAUUCAUGCUGAUUUAUGUCAGCUUUGCUUACUGGGAAAGUGUAUGAAACCAGCGCUGCAAUUUUUGGACAUAGAUAUCACAGAUAUAAACCGAGAAAAUGGAAACUACGAUACUAAACAUUUUCUUCUUUAUUUCUACUAUGGUGGCAUGAUUUAUACUAGCUUAAAGAAUUAUGAAAGAGCUUUAUACUUCUAUGAAGUGGCCAUAACAACUCCCAGCAUGGCUGUUAGCCACAUCAUGCUAGAAGCUUAUAAAAAAUACAUCCUGGUAUCACUAAUAUUAUAUGGAAAGAUUCCCAAUUUACCAAAAUUCACAUCACAAGUUGUUGGGCGAUUUAUAAAACCUCUUAGUCAAGCAUACCAUGAUUUAGCCAUAGCAUAUGCCACAAAUAGUCCUGAUGAAGUUAGUGCUGUGAUAAAUAAAUAUAGUGAAAUCUAUGCUAGAGAUAACAAUAGGGGUUUAGUGAAACAAUGUAUGUCAUUUUUGUAUAAGAAAAAUAUACAGAGGUUGACCAAAACAUUUCUUACCUUGUCAUUAAGUGAUAUGGCUAGCAGGGUUCAACUUUCUGGUCCUGCAGAAGCUGAGUUUUAUGUAUUAAAAAUGAUUGAAGAUGGUCAAAUAUUUGCAUCCAUUAAUCAGAAAGAUGGUAUGGUAGUAUUUCUCGAUAACCCUGAAAAGUAUAACUCUCCUGUAAUGUUUCAACAACUGGAAGAUGAGAUGAAAAAAUGCAUUCUGUUAGAUGAGAAGUUGAAGCAAAUGGAUCAAGAAAUUACAAUAAAUCCAAAAUACAUUCAAAAGAGUUCUGAGAUGCGUGAAUCUUUUGAAGGUGCAGUAUCCAUUACUUCCGAUAUUCACACACAACCAUAAACUCAUUAAAAGCAAAAAUUGGUUGUUUUAAGGAAGCUGAAAAUACCUAGCUUGUGUUGAAAAGAGCUAAUUCUCUACAGACUGUAUAGCUGUUUUUCAUCUUUAAAUAUUUUGAACUAUCAUGUCAUUGAGAAUAAAUUACUCAUUUGAGCAUAUUGUAAUGCAUAACCAGAAGUUUACAA